AUGGAUCAAGAUAAAAUUGUGGUUGAGAUGCCUCCCCCCUCCCCCACGGUGAAAUGGGAUGCUUGCCUGGUAGGGUACUUUAUUGACAAAAAUUUGCCUUACACCCUUAUCAAAAAUAAUGCUAAUAAUAUGUGGAAGCAUAAGGGUUUGGUAGAAAUUCUGAAGAAUGAUGACGGUUUUUUCUUCUUUAUGUUUGAAAAUCGUGAUUGUUGUAUAGAUGUGCUGGAGGGGGGACCUUGGUAUGUAAGUGGCUUUCUGCUGAUAUUGAAACAGUGGCAUCGCAUGAUGAAACUGUCUAAGGAAGACAAGAAGACCAUCCCUAGCUGGGUAAAAUUUUUUAACAUUCCUCUGGAAUAUUGGGAUGGGGAAGGGUUAGGGAGAGUAGCCAGUGCUGUGGGUGUCCCUUUGUUUAUGGAUCAACUUACCUCUUCUGGAAGUAGGAUCUCUUUUGCUAGACUGUGUGUGGAUAUAUCAGCUGAAUCGGCCUUCCCUGACAGCUUUCUUCUCACUGAUGGUGAUGCUUCUAUGAACAUUCAUGUGGAGUACCAAGGGGUUCCCUCGAGAUGUACACACUGCCAUGUUUUUGGGCAUGAGACUAAGACCUGUCUUUCUGCUCAAGUAACUCACCUCAUUGAAUUACAGAAGAAUUCAGAGGAACAGAUUGAAGAUGAUGAGGGAUGGACCACUGUCAAGGAUAAGGGCAAGAAAAUAGUGGGGGAUCCAUCCUCCCCUGUUCACAGCGUCCCUCCUGAAGUCAACAGUUCAUCUGCGACUAAAAGGGGUGAACCUGAGAUCCAAUCUGAGGGGGCUAACCUUCCAGUGGCUGACAUUUCUGUUGAGGUUGAUACGGAGCUUAUUGAUCUUCCCCUUCCUGAUGUUGUAGAAAAUGUUAGCCCUGCCGUUGAGGAUAUUGGCCAUAAUGUGGGAAAAGAGGAAAUGAAAGCUAAUUCUCCAGAAAUUCUGGGAGGUAAGGGGACUGAUGGUCUCAAAGUGGGCAGCUCAACAAAGAAGAAGUCUUCUGGCAAAUCAGGCAGCCAGAAGAAGAAAAGGAGGUAA